AUGGUUGACUCGACUCCCAUUAUCAUCAUAUUCCUCCUUCACCACCAUUUUACUGCAGAGGCACAGUCACCAUUACAACCAGAGACACGUAUCGGUUCAUCAACACCAAAUUUAUGGGACGUGUCUUCAAUAGGUGUUAUUGUUGGAGCUCUUAUUGCAACACUUCUCUUAUUUUUCCUCUUGUUAAUGUUCCUACGCCGCUUCACAACCUCAACAUCAGAAAACAACACUCUGUCUGAGUCAAAAUGUAAACCUGGCACUGGAAUCACCCCUCAAAUUCUCAAAACAUUUCCGAUUCUUUUGUACUCUUUUAUCUUCAAGAAUCUUAAAGAGUGUCCUCAACAAUGUUCCGUCUGUCUCGGUGAUUUCAACAACAAUGACACACUUCGCGUUCUCCCUCAAUGUAACCAUGUUUUUCACCCUCCUUGUAUUGAUGCUUGGCUUUCUAACCAUGUUACUUGCCCUGUUUGUCGUACCAACCUCAAUAAACUUCAUUCUCUACAUUUUUCUAUUUCCGUUGACACACAAACAGUUGGUGGGCAUGGAAGUGAAAUGAAAGAGGAACACGUAUGUCUUCUUGUACCUUCUGGUCCAUCAGCUAUUGUCUGCAUUGAAAGAGAGAAGGACAAUGAACAAUGCCGUAAGACAACUUAA